AUGACCAUGACCCAACCCUCCUCCCCCACCUCAAACUUCUCCAUCCAACCAUGCACGCACUCAGAUCUCCCCGGCAUGCUAUCCGUCUACAAAAGCGCCUUCCAAACCGACCCAUUCCGCCUUGCCCGCUGGCCCGAAUCGCAAGUGCCACACUCAGUCUUCGAUACAUGGCUCACCAACAUCUUCACCAAAUACCUCACCACUCCCCACACGCAAUGUUGGAAAGUAGUCGAAGCGUCGACCGGCCAUAUAGCAGGCUGGACGCAUUGGGCCGAACCGCAUACAAUGAGUGACGAGGAAACAGCCCAGGGGAAAAGAGAAGAUGAGCAAGAAGAACGCGAGGGGAAGGAAAGGGGAGAGCCUGAGGGGAGGUUCCCGGUGGGUUCGGUGAUGCAUGUUUGUGAGGCGAAGGUUGAGGGUUGGGAUGAUUUGAGGGAGAGGUGGUAUAGGAAGGAGGAUAUGUAUUUCAUCCAUUUCCUCUCCAUCUCCCUUUCCCACCAAAACCUCGGUCUCGGCUCGCUCCUCCUCACCGCCAUAACCCAAGUAGCCGACGCCAACACCGACACCACUGCACAGCAGAAGCCGUACCCGAUAUAUCUGGAAGCCACGGUUGCCGGAUACCCUGUAUAUGUGAAGCAUGGGUUUGUAGAGAAGGGGGUCAUGGAGGUGGAUUUGGGAUUUUAUGGAGUGGGGCGGAAUUGGGCUAUGGUGAGGGGAGUGAGGAUAGUGAGGGGUAGAGUGGUGGGAGAGGAGAUGAGAGGGGAGGAGAGGAGGAGGGGUGGUUAUAGUGAUUGA